CUCAUUACCAUGUAAUUAGCAUAUGACGCGGGAAGGCGGAAGCGGUGGAGGGAUGGGGCGGAGCGGGGCCGUCCUGCGCCUGGCCCUGGAGGGGAACAUCGCCGUGGGGAAAUCGACCUUCCUGAAGCUGCUGGGUGCCACCUUCCCCGAGUGGCACUUGGUGACCGAGCCUGUGGCGCAAUGGCGAAAGGUGCCGGCGGGCGACACGGCGGAGGCGUCCGUGGGCUCCACCAACCUUCUCCAGAUGAUGUACCAGGAGCCAGCCCGCUGGUCCUACACCUUCCAGACCUUCUCCUGCCUCAGCCGGCUGAAGGCGAUGCUGGAGCCCCCGCCCGAGCAGCUCCCCGGGAUCCCCCACCCUGUGCGGGUCUUCGAGCGCUCCAUCUACAGCGACAGGUACGUCUUUGCCAAGAAUCUCUUUGAGGCCGGGCACCUGCAGCCGCUGGAGUGGGCCAUUUACCAGGACUGGCACGGCUUCCUCCUGCAGCAGCUGGGGGCCCGCGCCGCCCUCCACGGCUUCCUCUACCUGCGGGCGGCGCCGCAGACGUGCCUGAAGCGGCUGCGGCGGAGGGCGAGGAGCGAGGAGGGGGGGAUCCAGCUGGAGUACCUGCAGCAGCUCCAUGCCCAGCACGAGCACUGGCUGGUGGAGAAGACCACAGAGGUCCACUUCGCGGGCAUGAAGCACGUGCCCGUCCUGCUGCUGGAUGUGGACAAGGACUUCGAGCAUGAUGUGGCCAUGCAGGACGUCCUCAUGGCACAGGUGGAGGCUUUUGCGACAGCACUACGAGCCGAAGCUUUGCUGUCGCACCCCGGCCCUCGCUGAGCGGCGGCGGCAGCAUCCCUGCUCACCGGGACCUGCACCGUGCGGCGGAGCCACGAACCAGGCAUCGCCGCUGUGAGAUCCCGACACCGAGAACAAGGGACGAGUCCUGGUCCCCAACUGUCCCCCUCAGCCCUUUUAUUUUGGGCGAGGGAUGUAUUUAAGGCACUGAUAGCACGGGGUGGUUUUAAGGCAACUAAUUGGAGGCGCAGCGGUGUGAUGAGCUGUGUGGCGGCGUGGUGUGCUCCCCGCGGGCUUGGGGGGCCAGGUCGCCUCCGCAACCCCUCCCCGUCCGUAAGCCUCCCCAGCCGGGGAUGUCGGAGCCAAGGAUACUCUGUACGGUGGAUUUAAUGGUUAAAUUCCAAUGGAAAAUCAUCAUGGCUUGUGUUUGAGUUACGCCAACCCCCAUAUUUUAUUAUUUUAAAUAUGUAAUUUUUUCCCUUAAAUUAAAAAGAAAAGUGAGAUCGA